AUUUUGUUAUCCUUUGGAUUUCCUGGUCACUAUUAAGUGUUAAUGCUGAAUCAAAACUGAACAAACUAGUUGAUUUUAUUUAUCUUUUUUUGCACUGAAAACCAAUAAAAUGCAUAUGGGAAGUAUUACACAGGAGCAAAUCCAGAUUUGAAGUAUGGGGGCCUAAGCUGAUCAAACAUAGAAAGGUUUCAAGAAUGGGAACAGAAGUAUCCAAAGAGGGAAGUGAUCAAGUCGGGGUCGACCCCAAAAGUGAAUAUAUUGAUGAAGUCCUGCAACGGGAGGUCGAUGAUACGGAAGAUGAGACCGAUGGAUACGAUGAAUUCGAUGGAGGAUUAAGUGAUACUGACAAGCUUGCACAAACCAUCGACCCAAAAGAAUAUCUCGAUCAGUAUCCAUUUAAAAAUCUCAUUUUUGAGGGAGGUGGAGCAAAAGGAAUCGCAUAUCCUGGUGCAUUGAAGGCAUUAGAGGAAGUUGGUAUUUUGAAAAAGAUAAAAAGAUUUGCCGGUACUAGCGUCGGCUCUAUAACGGCGACAAUGGCUGCGCUUGGCUACAGUAGCACUGAAAUUAGGGAAGUCAUGUCGACGGAUUUUUCGAAGUAUUAUGGUACUGCUCUUGAAAAUAUGUUUGAUAAUUAA